CGUCCUGUAGUCGCUUUGCAGUUUGCAUACAAGACCUAAAUGGUGCACCGGAAACUCGUAAUGAUUCCCAGCACAGACCAGCGUGAACCACUCUUUCACUAGGCUUUUCUGAUCGAUCCGGAUGAACCACAACAUAAGGCUGUCAUCGCCUUGCAGUUCACGUGUACAAUACUUGGGAAGACUUCCAUUUCUUGUGGUUAGUUGCUGCAACGGACGAUGUACUCCGUAGGCUAAAGCAAUACAAAAGUUUCGUUACUUUAUAUUUGAUCAUAAUGACCAUUGUGGUAUAACUUGCAAUUUGGGCACUGGGUUUAAUUUUCGAAUUUCGCAGAUCCAGUUAUACCUUUAUUAAGAGUACGAAAAUGGAAAGAAGGCCAAAAACCGUACCAAAAGGAGUAAGCAAGGAAAGUUUCAGAAAACCUGCAUCGAUGACUGACAAGGAUUUGGACCGCGAUGACCAAGAAACCGGAAAUCCAGCCACUCAGGAAUCGUCAUCUCCGCUGACUCCCAUCCGCACCGUGGUCGUGUUUGCAGUAAUAAUUGGAUGUUUUGCCGUGAUCUAUCCACGCUUUCUGCAUCCCAUGUUCAGUCACGUGUUCGGCGGGUCAGCUGCGGCCCGACAGCAGAUGGAGGAGAAGUUUCUCCCACCGAAAUUCCAAAGCCAACAUCCCGCGCACCAAAUGCCCAACCAGCGCGAAUCUCAUUCUGCCAUGCACAUGCGACCCACGCACCAUCCGGGUGCACGUUUUACCGGUAACGAGUACCAAGCACCGGAAUCGAAAGGGGCGCUGUACUUCAUGCUACCGGUCUACACCGUCGGAAUCAUUGCGUUCCUUCUCUUCACGUUCUACAAAGUUCUGUCCAAAACCAAUCAAACGUAUGCUCCCCGCCCACCCACUCGCCCGCGAACUGUACGGUACGAUCCCACGGAAGGAGAAUUCGUCAACACACCGGCAACGCGUCGGCGUGAUAUCGCGGGAGUAGAACCAAAGAUCACAGAGGAACAUUUACGGGCUCUGGAAAUAAAAUUAGCGGAAACGGAAGCGCAGAUGAAUGCGCUGAUAGAACAGAUGACGCUUCUCAAGUCCGAUCAAAAUGUGGUCAAGUACCCAAAGGAGGAAGAAGACGAAGUUUCUAGUGAAUCGGAUGAGGAUUUCCCUUCGGAUGACGUAAAUUCGGAUAUUGCCCAAGAAGUGCGGAUUAGGAAGGAAGAAAAUGAACGAAGUGAGCUUGUCGAAACGACCACCAAAAACGAAACCACGGAUUUGAACCAAGAAUCCUUGCUAAACGAGUUAGAACAAGAGGCAGACUCUGUCAGUGAUGAACUAGAGCUAGAAAAUGUCGACCCUGAACAGUGGACACCGAUACCGAAAGCGAAGUAACUGCUGUUCAGGGCUGAAAUUCAAGUGACCUUCCCAAUUAUCUUUUGUGUAUUGUUUGGUCGCUGGGUGUGUAUUCUUACGACGUAGUACUAAUAAAUGCUUGUGCAGAUGUAUGUACCCGCCUCUUUAUGCCUGCAUGGGUAUGUUAAUGAUUCCUUCGCACUUCCGUAGAUGAAUACUUAUGGUUAGUACUUCAUGUUCCCAAAACCCGGUACGGCACACUGAUGGCUGCUGUGCACAUGC